UCGUAAAACCAUUGAAUUUUGUAAUUUUUAUAUGAAUUUGACAUUUCUUGGACCAUUAUCCAUGGAAAUAGAUUAACCGGAAACCGACCGAUCCCGAGCUACCCGGAUAAUCGACGUUCUACUGUACCUUGCAUCGGAUGCGAUCUUAUCAGACUGAUACGUCAAAAUUAUAUACGGGAUUUGAAGAUAGCAUCGUAGCUAAAAUAAUUAUGUAAACUAUUAAACUCAUCCAAAUCAUCGAGAUAACAGUUACAGUAUACGCUCGGCAAUCCGCACCUUUUUAAUCCGCACAGUCGAUAAUCCGCACCUCGAUAAUCCAAUAAUCCGCACCUCGAAAAAGCAGUGAACUAUGAUUUAAAAAAAUAAUAUUAAUGAUGUCAAAACGUCAUUCGAUAAUCAGCACUCAAUUAAGUGCGGAUUACCGAUGGUAUACUGUACCAGCACUUCCGAUAAAAGCGCACUGACACCAACCAUAAAUAAAUAGGGUUUCGAAUGUUCACUAAAUUGAUUCUAUAAUUCAUUCAGCAAAUAUCGCAUUGGAUCUGAGCUGAUUACUUAUAAAAACUACAAAAAAAAAAAUAAACAAUACAAUUCUAAGACGCAUAACAUCGGUUAACCCAGAAGAGAGGAGUAAAUUGAAGAGCUAUGUUGCUCUUGGCAUUUAAAUUUCCGUUUUUAUUUAACCCAAUUAGGUAAUUUGCCUUCCAGAACGGUUGCUAACAGUAUAGCACCUUUUGUCUGAUAUUAUCAGCUACUUGGUUCCCUCCUAAAUAAAAAAACAGCUAAAUACUUGUGACCAAUAGUACACUUUAUGUAUUAGUAAGUAGCUAUUGCUUUCCAAACGGUUGUAUAUGGCACUGUAACGGGCAAUGGUACAGUGUAUUGGAAGUGUGAGAGCGUACGCUAUUUAAUUUAUGCAAUAUAUUCAAGAGGUUGAAACUAAGACAAGCCCUCAAUGCAUGACCACGACAAAGAGAGUUUUUUUUGUUUUAAAUUAAGCGUUACGUUCGUUAUUUUUAUGCUACUGGUUGGAACAGUUGAUUGCCUUGUUGUAGACUUGCGAUUCAUUCUUAAUUGAACAUUUGGUCAUUCAACAACUAGAUCGUGAAAAGAGCGUUUAGGCUAACAGUUGUAUUAUCAAUACUGCAGAUUGCCGAUUAGUUUCGUGAGCAUACAAAAGAUAUGCUGUAGUUAUAAAACCGUUUAAGAACAAUCGGAUACGUUGUCGUAAAUUGUAAAUAAAAAAGCUUGCAGUGCGACAUCAUUUUGUUAUGUAAUAAAUAGGUUAUAUACAUCGUGCAUAGAGUACACGAGCACAAGUUGGCCGUUUCUGCAUGAUUUCAAGGUUGGAUACUUUUAACCUUAUUGACUUUUGUCACAACUAUGGCGUUGGUGCUGCGAAAUAUUUAUCAAACAUUUAAUUACUUUUUCACCGAAUACAAAGAUCCUCGAAUCGAAAAUUAUCCCUUGUUAGGAUCACCAUGGCCAAUCGUAAUGAUAAUAAUAUUAUACCUAAAGUUCGUCAAUGAUUGGGGUCGCCGAUUGAUGAAAUAUCAGACUCCAUAUGAUCUCACUAUAGUUAUGAAUAUAUACAAUCUGAUACAGAUAUUUUUGAACCUUUACAUUGGCAUCGUAGGUGGUUUAAAUUCUUAUUUUGAUCCUGACUAUAGCUGGAGCUGUGAAACGAUCAAUCAAAAAGACAACCCAGUGAGGCGUAAACUUAUAUUCAUCACGUAUCUUUAUUUCAUUUCAAAAAUUAUCGACCUUCUAGAUACGGUAUUUUUCAUAUUGCGGAAAAAGUAUAAUCAAAUUACUUUUCUUCAUACGUAUCAUCAUGCUGGAAUGGUAGCUGCUACGUAUAUUUUUACAAAAUUUUUAGCAGGAAGUCACGCAACACUUCUAGGACUUAUAAAUAGUUUUGUGCAUGUCAUCAUGUAUUUUUACUAUUUCCUUACAUCGUUUAAGCCUGAAUUGAAAAAAUCAAUUUGGUGGAAACGGCAUAUAACGCAAGUCCAGCUGAUCCAGUUUACUAUUCUUAUGCUACAUUUUGGAGUUCCUUUGGUAGGAGGAUAUUGUGAUUUCCCAAAAACUCUCCUGUUCAUUGGUUUUACACAAAAUAUGUUCAUGUUCACAUUGUUUGCCGAUUUUUACAUCAAGACAUACAUUAAAAAGAAGUAACAUAGGUUAAAAAAUAAAAUAACCAUAUUCUAAAAUAAGUCUUAUUAAUUAUUUGUGCCCAUACUCUUUAUUUGUAACAGUAACUAUUUAAAUUUGUAUGUAUGUAUGUACAGUGUUUCAAAUUUCAAAUAUUACACUGUAUGUGUUGUUAAAAACGUACUCGAAGAAUAGAAGGUUGUAUAUUGGUUGAUACUCAAUAAGCCUCGAAGUCCCAUGUAGGCCAGUAAGGCCACGUUCGUCGUUACGCGAAUAAGAAGAAGAGAAGAUAUAUUAGAAUUGCUUGCCGUGACUAGAGUAACGGCUAUGUGUUUCAAUUUUGUUUAAAAGUAUAUUAGAAUUAGAAAGAGAAGAUAUAUUAGAAUUGCUUGCCGUGACUAGAGUAACGGCUAUGUGUUCCAAUUUUGUUAAAAAGUUUUAAAUAAUCGAACUACUUUUAAUUUGGUAAUAGUUUGUAUAAAUAAUUACUCUUUUUGUCUAUUGAUUUUUAAA